UAUUUGAAGAUGANAUUUAUACUUCUACUAUUAUCCGGUGAACGUAACUUUGGUGUACGUCUCAACAAACCCUACACCGCCACGGUGCCCAUGGAUAUACCAGUUUUUACAGGAACUCACGCUGAUCUAUUAAUUACGGUUUUUCAUAAAAUCAUAGCUACAGGCCAUCAACGCCUGCAACCACUCUUUGACUGUCUACUUACCAUACUUGUGAAUGUGUCACCUUAUUUAAAGACUCUGUCAAUGGUGGCCAGUGUGAAGCUUCUGCAUUUGCUAGAAGCUUUUAGCACUCCAUGGUUUCUGUUGUCAGCGCCAAAUAAUCACCACUUAGUAUUCUUCUUGCUUGAAAUCUUCAAUAAUAUCAUACAAUAUCAGUUCGAUGGCAAUUCCAAUUUGGUUUACACCAUCAUUCGAAAACGACAUGUAUUUCACGCGAUGGCAAAUUUACCCUCGGACAUGGCGGGUAUCGCAAAAUGUUUAAGUGGACGAAAAGUCGGUAAAUUCAAUAUACCACCAGUGCCCCAUUUAAAUGCAAAGCAUCUCUCUGCUAUCAGCGGUCGCCCACUAGAUGCCGAUUUGGAUGACGAGGAUUGUGAGUCUGAAACCGAGUCACAACAUAAGCAAAGCGAGACUCAAGAGGAAAAUGCAAUGCCAGCAAUGCCUGCCGAGCCGGGUACUCUGAAAACUUCAUUACUGGACACACCUGCCAUUAAUCAAAUGACAGAACGCGAAGCAGCACACCCCAGCACUGAAGAUACGCAAACGCCCACCAUUGAUGGCACCUCUGACAUUUCCCAGUUUGAACAUGUAAAUCGUACACCCACUAGUCCAAAUCGCCACGAUAUCUCGCGUCGUAGCAAUACUUCUUUAAACUCAAACGACGGCAACUCCAUACCAAAAGAGAAUCAGUCGCGGCUCUCCGUUGCUACACGUGGCAGCAUACGCAUGGUGCCGAAUACACCGGCUGAUCACUGGACGCCAACGCCCGAAUGGAUCGUAUCGUGGCGUUCGAAGUUACCAUUGCAAACUAUUAUGCGACUAUUGCAGGUACUUGUGCCACAAGUUGAAAAGAUAUGCAUUGAUAAGGGGUUGACAGAUGAAUCGGAAAUAUUGAAAUUUUUACAACAUGGAACACUGGUAGGUUUGCUACCUGUGCCACAUCCUAUACUUAUACGAAAGUAUCAGGCGAAUGCUGGCACCACUGCAUGGUUUCGCACCUACAUUUGGGGUGUAAUCUACUUGCGUAAUGUAGGACCAUCCAUAUGGUACGAUACGGAUGUGAAACUUUUCGAAAUUCAGCGAGUCUGAAUUCGAUGCAAUCGUCUGAGCUUAGACACUAUAAGUGAGGUGGUUCACACUUGCCUGGUUAUAAGGUUAUCUGGUUAUAUUUGUUGUUUAGUUUACAACAAUAAAAUACACUACGGAAUAAUAGUUUUUAACCAGAUAACCUGAGCAGGUUCAAUUAGAAUAACCACUGUAACUUUUUUUAGGGUAUAUAUUUGCAUAACACGCAUUCCAGUAAUGCUGCUGAGUCGAGGGCGACUAAAGUAAUUAAAAUUUAUUACCAUAUUAAGUAUACAAUGCCUGAGAUUUUGACAAUUCAUAACUUUAUUUUAAAGCUUUGUAGUAAGUAAUUUUUGUGUAUUUACGGAUUCUUUAAACGUUUUGCCUUCACGUGUGCAUUUUUAUUAGCUACAGUUUGUAAAUAUGUAAUAUGACAAGGUAUUUUAAGUUAAACGUGUUCUGAUUAGAAAAAGUAAUCAAAAAUCCUUUGAAAGAAGCUAGCGCUAGAUGCGAUUCUAAUUUAUUUAUAUUUUAUUAAGUUACAUUUAUAAGUAAAAGUUAAAUUAACGAUAAAAAAUAUUAUUUUAUGAUGGAAGAAACUUGUUCGAAGUCACCUAUAAUAUAUACAUACAUAACCUAAAAUAUAAUGUAUUCUACAAAACACAUACUUACAUAUACGUAUAGAUAUAUACUAAAUAGUUACAACUAUAUGCAAAUGAGAGUUCUUAAAC